AUGUCAACACCGACCUCCAAUGCAUCUGAUUCUGGAACCAGAACAGCCAAGACUUCAAGAACAGCAUCGAAUCUGAACUCUGCUCAGCUUGAGCGGAAGCGAGCCAACGACCGCGAGUCUCAGAGGGCCAUUCGAGCAAGGACCAAACAACAUAUCGCUCGCCUAGAGCACGAGGUUCGCCGCCUCCGAAGUAGGGAUUUCAACAGAGAAUUCCAGCAUUUAUUACGAUGUAAUGAGGCUUUGGAGACCGAAUUGCGACAGUUCCGUGCGUCUGCCGCUGUCAGCUGUCACAGGCCUCCUGCAUGCGCUCCCCGAGGAAUGAUGAUACCGGAUGCCUCGUUGACGAGCAAACAAGAGGCAGAUUACAGUUCCCGGAAUGACACAAAUUAUAGCCCCCCGCGUUCAGUCCCGGGCCAGCAUAAUUCAGGCCAAGUCCAACACGGGGAGCAAUACCAGCACCCAUCAUUGACAUAUCUCAACGUCCCGCGUAGUGCUGCAUGGGCGCCGCAACUUGCGACAUCAGCGUCCACGGGCUGUUCGAGCGUUUCGUCCAUAGGGACGACCCCGGCAUCAUAUAUUCCGGUGGGAAAUGCCACUGAGGGUGCUCUGACGCCCAUUCCAGCUCCGGUUGCGGACUUGGGAGCCGUUGAGUUUGGGAAUGAGGCAUCCCAUGAUGCAUUGCAGUUACGACGAGACAAAGGUAUACCCUUGGCACAGAGCGGAUGCCCCAAUCAAGAGUAUUCGGAUGGACCAUUUCCUUUGACCACAAACGCUGAAAUGUCGCUGGGACCGGCUUAUGCAGGCUCGACGCAGCCACCUAUGCAAGGGUCCAUGUACUUGGCUGGUUAUGGGAGUUGA